GACGUAGUCAAGCUUCUUCUCGAGAAGGGAGCCGAUAUUACAGUUCCAGACAAUAACGGAUGGACGCCACUCAAUUUGGCCUCGAGCGAAGGACAUAUCGACGUAGUCAAGCUUCUUCUCGAGAAGGGAGCCGAUAUUACGAUUCCAAAUAAGUACGGAGUAAUACCGCUUACUUCGGCCUCAAGAAACGGACAUAUCGAUAUAGUCAGGCUUCUUCUCGAGAAGGGAGCCGAUAUUACGAUUCCAAAUAAGUACGGAAUAAUACCGCUUUCUUCGGCCUUAAGAAACGGAUAUGUCGACGUGGUUGUGAGGGCCUGGUCCUCCAGGCCUCCCAGACGCUCUGGCUAAUCAGACGCCAGUUGGGUGGAUCCACCCGACCAGCCAGAGC